CCCAAACUUUCAAUUCCCCAAAACCAAAACAGCAGCGCGAAGAUGGCUGUGUGGUUCACGGUGCGGGAUGUGCGGCGACAGCUGGCGCAACUCGGCUACUACAACGUCCCCGACGACGUACUCAGCGACUUUACACAAGACUUGGUGAGGUUGGCGCUGCAGGAAACAGAGGGCAGCGAUGAAGCACAGGGCAGCGAGAACACGAGCACAAGCUCGGCAAGGCGUCGCCCGUCCUCCUCUGCUUCCUCAACCUCAGCAUCUGCCCCAUCAACGUCAACAUCAACAGCCCACCGAUUACCUCACCAGCACGAAGCACCUUCCCCUCAUCAGCCACAGAGCAGACAAUCACAACAACCGCACCGCCGCAGUAGAAGACACACGCCAGGCAAGCGCGCUGAUGUGCUGCGACCAUUGAAUACCAGCCAGGCAUCCAUGGGCGCACGACGGCGCAAGACAGUCAUGAUGGAUGGAUCGGUCCUCGACUCUGUCGCGCACGAUGUGCAAGAAGAGAAGGACGGAUUGCUCGAUCUUCUGGACGACAUGGAGAACAUGACGGUGCAGUCUGAUCUGUAUUCGGACGUUGGCCCUGACGAAGUGGACCUGUACGCGGACGAGGACCUCGGAUACCCGUACGACCUCGACAUCAGCAACGCCUCGAGCGAGGGGUUUCAAGGCCACCCGCUGCCGCCGGUCCCGGAUGUGGAGGAGAUCAAACCGCUCGCAGACCGCACCUCCUUCAUCCCGCCACGCGACAUGCGCGUCAAGCCCACCCGCCCAAAGACAGAUAUUGUGUCGCGUGCGUCGCGGUACCGAGAGGCGUGGAAGCGGCAGAAGGCACCCGGUGAAGAUGCGCACGCCCAACUCCGCCGCCGCGUCAGGCAGCAGCUCGAAGACCAAAAGGAGGAACCGUACCAGCGGCCCCGCAACAAGCCCAUCCAACGCAACGACUACGUUGUUCCCACCACCAAGAAACGCCUGCCCCUGCGAUGGGCCGUGCGCAUGCACAUGAACGCCCUCCACUGACACACACGACACACACGUGACACACAUGAGGAGGGACAUUGAUGUAGUGAUGUGACUCACAUCGCGUCAUUCCUUGUUGUUCUUCUAUUCAUUCCUCCAGUCCAACAGAACAGUCCAGUCUCUCCAAUGUACACAUCAUCAUCUUUCCAUCAUCUUUUCACCAUCAUGCACACCUCUGAGUGAGUAAACGACGAUGCACAUGCA